AUGGUGCAGCUCAAUGGAGCCCCGGAUCACGCUGAUGAGAUGAGUCUGAUUGGAAUUCGCACACGCCGUGGCACUCUACUGCAAGGGGCAACAGAGACCCCGGAACAGGUGAACCAAGACGGCGGAGCUGCCAAUAUCCAACAGGAAAGUCACUGGGAUAUCCCCUCUGCGCGGGACCCCUCUGACGACGUGAGCAGGGACAGGCACGUCUCUGCUACGAACUCCCUGUCUGAGCCCCGGCAGGGCCAGGCUGCGGACGAAGUGCCCAGGGGGACUCCACCCUUUAAGGAGAACCGGCCCAGCCUAGCCCCUCUCUUGGGCCAAGCCCCGGGGGGGCUUCUCCUCCGAAACAGGAAACUUGAAUUGUUGCAAGGAGGCUACCUGCCCGGGACACAGGGACAGCUGGCGGAGGCAGAGGGCCGAGACCCCCCUCUCCAGGGAGCGAAAUUAUCGGGAGUACCAGAGGGCAGAGACCCCGUCCCCGGACUUCACUCGCAGCCGGUGUUACAGGAAUGGCAACCGAGAUCGACUCUGAACUUGAGCAGGACAGCGGAGCCAGCGUUUGGUCUCCAGAGCAAAACUUACCAGACGGUGGCACGAGCCACGACGCAGGAGACACAGACUGCACAGGACUCUAACCCCCGGCAAACGUCGGAGGCCCUGACUCCAACUGCGCAGACUUAUGUCUCAGCAUCAGCCGGGGUCCAGGACCCCGUACCCCCUCAGAGGCUCCGGACACCGGAGCGCCUUUGGCACAACUACCACUACGAGGACAACAGAAGGGAGCCAGAUCCCCCCCAGUUUGUACCCCCCUUUUCCACUCUGGCUAGAGCGGUUCGAGACCCCCCAGACAAGCCCCCGGAGGAACCCCCCAGACAACAGCGGGGACAAGCUAUGUACCCCGCACAGGUCCCCGGAGGUGGCUUCCCAGGAGACCCGCCCCCGACGCCCAGCGUGAAGUCUGAACCGGAAUCAGCGGUCAGGCCCCGACUUCAGCGAGGGGAUGAUUCCGCGGAAACCAAACAGCCUGACAGGACUCCCAGGAUCUUUCAGCCCAUCAAGGUGGUGACCUACAAGGGGACGAAGAAAGAGGAGGGCUUCCAGGCUCAGCGAUUUAUCAAGAGAAUGGAGACCUACCUCUGCAACACCCCGGGCCUCACCGAUGGACAGAUGGGACUCACGCUUUUCCACAACCUUACAUAUGGGGCUCAGGAUUGGGUACAGUCUGCCGACGACGCCUACAUGGACCUCACCGGCGAGUCGCUCCUCCAAAAUUGGGAUGCUCUAAAGGAGAAGUUUUUGAACAGGACUCCGGUCAGGGCUCCCAACUACGUCAGGACAGCGGAGGCCCAGGCCACUGACGAUCCCGGCGAUGAUCCCCCCGAGGAGGACGGUGAUACGGUGCGGUUUUCCCAGCAGGGCCUCCUCCCCGAACCACGCCCCCCGCGCGCGAAAACAACAAGAAAGACGCCCGCAGACUGCGCGACCAGAGGGACGGACCAAGGGAGCCACGGGACAACAAACGCGAACCACCGCGUGAACAACGCGAACAGCCCCGCGAACAGCGCGAGCCUCACAGGGACCCCAGGGAGCAACGCGACCAGAGAGACCUGCGCGAAAGAAACAACGGCGGAUGGGGGCGCCCGAGGGACAAGCCCCGCGACUGCUGGAACUGCGGACGACUACGAGGCGGAGACCGUCUAUGACGACUACGAGUCUCCCUGCAUUCUCCACUCCACGUUGGACAAAGGGUGGGAAGAGGAGAAGCCAAAGGAGACACCGAGGCGCAGCCCCUCCGCACCACCCCGGCACGUAGCCCCGGCCACAGGAGAACCCCCCCGGCGCACUUGCUACUCGUGCGGUCGCCCCGGACAACCAAAGCCGCAUGUCUCGGCCGCCUGCCCUAAUGGAACCCCCAAACCGGAGCCUAAAGUACAGAUGGCUACGGGCCCCCUUGGAUGGGAGCACGAACCGGAGUUGGACCUUUCCGACGAUGACUACUACGAGGAAGACACCUGCGACAACGUCAGGGUCACCCGCGGCGGCCGCGAGCUACUGGACGAGAGAGGCGCCCGAGUCAAACUCCCCGCCAACCGGGUCCCCAUCAUGACUACCGGACACAUCGUCCCUUUGCAGGUACCAACAGGAACGUAUCGGGGCACGCCCAGCGGCAUGCGCCCAGGGCUCCCGGACCGACCCCCGUUGAUAGGCAGCCUAACCCCGUCAAGACGACCCCGGGGCAUCGCCCCGGCCACAGAGAACGCCGCAGGACGAGCGACGUCAGCCCCCCCGGUUCCGUGCCCCUCUGUCUCCGGCACUUUUCCGUUGAGCUGGUUCCGCUCAGAGGCCUAUACGGCUCACGGCAACCCGCAGCUCCUGCAGGAUAUGGCGCGCACACUGAAGAAGGUUGGACAGGCUAGCACGGCUCCUAACCCGGAUGACUUCACCGGUGCUGCCAACGUGCGGAACGCCACAGCCUCAGCUGCCUCUUCCCCGCCCACAGAGGACGAGCCGGUGGUCGAACGAGUGUUUGUCAAUCCCCUCAUCCGAGAGAGCAUUGCGUACGUCGCCGCACGCAUAGGCGGGGUACGCGGCUUGGAAAGACCAACUUGCAUCGACUCCGGCGCGGACGUCAACGUUAUGUCCCUGGAGACCGUCAGAGCCGCAAGUCUGGAGCACAAGUUCCGCCCAGGAACCCCAACUUUUCUGCAGGCAGAUGGAAGUAGCACGACCGCGGCAGGCUGGGUCGACACCGCCGUUGGACUCGGCAAAAAUCUUGAGAUCUGCGCACGUUUCCUGGUACAAGACAACUUGAACUACGACGUCUUGUUGGGAACUACCUCCAUGAAAAAGGUCAACGGCGUCAUCAAUUUCCAGAAAGGCAGGUUCGAGUUCCAACUGCCGCGGAGCCACAAGACCUGCGCUCUCAACCUCAUCACGCCUCCGAAACGCGCACGGGCUCGACCACAAGUCACGGUGAUCAAUGCAGGAAGACACCGCGUAGGACCGUUUCCGCCGCCGCCAAGCGCUCACCUGCUCAGACAGCGGGAUGGCGACACCGGGGUACCCCAGCCAGGACUGACCCAGCUCCCUGACGACAGCGACUCUAACGGCGUUCCCUCGCUCCUCUACUGUAGCGACUCUGACGACGACGACGACGAUUGCGGCGGCAUGCCAACUCUCCUGCCCCCCUUGCCGACCCACGCCGAUCCGGACUGGACGCCCGCCGACCGCCGGCCCCUUCAGUUCACUUUGUGGGUUCGACCCGACACACCGGCAAAUACGGCGGCUGCGCUCGAACGCGCAGGCGACCUCAGGAUUGCAGGUCUCGAAAUCGGGGAGCUGCUCCGGACCGGGCAGCUAUAG